AUGAUGAAAAAAUCUACAGAAUGUAAUAAAUCUAUAGUAUUUAAGUUUUUAAGAACUUAGAUAUUUUUGGAUAAAACAUACAAUUGAAUUUUAAUGGAUAGAAUUAAUACUAAACAGCAACUGGUGGAUUUUUCUCACUUGCUAUUAUUGCUGUUAUAGCAUUCUUUUUUUAACAGAACAUCAUUGAUUUUCUGAAUAGAGUUGAAAUUCAUCUUAACACAUAGACAAUAUUUGAUUUCAAUCCAGACAGUAUUUAAUUUAAUGAGGAUAAUUAUAUGUUUGCAUUAGCAGUAGAUUAACCUAACUUCAUUGGCCGUCCUUUCUUCAACAUCACUAUCAAAUAACGUAUAUAUACACGAUCCCCUAAUGGAACAUUAAAUAAAGAUGAUAGAUUCAUAGAUCUUAUUCCAUGCACUUAAGAUCGAUUUCAAAAGAUAUUUAAGGAUUAAGAUUUUUCUUCCUAAUUUUCUUAACUCAAACUAGAGGAAUGGUUAUGUCCUGAAUUGAAUUAUUCAAUCAUUUUAGGUGGCAGCUUUACAAGUGACGUUUUUGAGUUUGUAAAAAUAACUGUUAGUGAUUGUUCCAAUAAUUCAAAUUCAAAUUCCAUUCUUUCAUGGAAACCUGAAUGUGCUAGUACUUAAGCAAGAGAUCGUUAUCUCUAAUAAGAACGUUCAUUUAGAAUUAGAAUGUAUAUCUCUAUUAUCAUUUAUUUAGGUAUAUGACAAAUAAUGUCAUCAAUCCAUUAUAAGUGAAAAAUGUGUCUUAAACUUUUUUUGAUGAUGAAUCUUAUUUCUCAUUUUUACUUUAAACAGGAACAGAAGCAGAUGUCUUUUAUUAGAAAUACAAUAUUACUACUGAUGAUCACAUAAUUCCUUUACUAAAUUAAGUAGAUGAAGAAGUAAUCAAUGUAAAAAGAGCAGGAGAUUUUAAAACUAAAAUUGUUUAAAAUAAUGAUUAAUAAUUUUCAGCUAUCUAUUUGAGAAGAAGUCCAUAUACCUAUAUUAUUAGAAGAGAAUUAUAGGAUAUUGCUGAUUUAUUAUCUUAUCUUGGAGGAUUUGCUAAUAUUGUUGCAAUUAUAUUUGGAGUCAUUAUUAAAACCUAUAAUAAAUCAAGAUGUAUAAAUUUUAAUGAUCUAUUUAGUUAUGAUUGAAUUGGCUAAUCAUGUAUAUGAUUUUCCUAUGAAAAAUGCUAGUGUUGCAGAAUCUCAAGAAAGAAAAGAAAUCAAGAAAACAAUAGCAAAAGCAAAAAGUAGAACUAUUGUUGUUUAACAUUAAGAUUAAGAUUUACAAUCUCCUAUAUAAUCAUAUAAGCAUUCAUAAAAUUAAUUAUUAUUAUAUGAUACAAAAUAAUAGGAAUAAUAUAAUAUAUCAAAACAAGAUGAAAUAUAUUAAGUCAAAUCAGAAUUAUAGAUUACUAAUCGUCAAGAAGAAUAAUAAUUAUUCUAAUAGGAAUAAGAAAAAAUUAUAAAACAAUUAGGAAUUCAANAACUGGUGGAUUUUUCUCACUUGCUAUUAUUGCUGUUAUAGCAUUCUUUUUUUAACAGAACAUCAUUGAUUUUCUGAAUAGAGUUGAAAUUCAUCUUAACACAUAGACAAUAUUUGAUUUCAAUCCAGACAGUAUUUAAUUUAAUGAGGAUAAUUAUAUGUUUGCAUUAGCAGUAGAUUAACCUAACUUCAUUGGCCGUCCUUUCUUCAACAUCACUAUCAAAUAACGUAUAUAUACACGAUCCCCUAAUGGAACAUUAAAUAAAGAUGAUAGAUUCAUAGAUCUUAUUCCAUGCACUUAAGAUCGAUUUCAAAAGAUAUUUAAGGAUUAAGAUUUUUCUUCCUAAUUUUCUUAACUCAAACUAGAGGAAUGGUUAUGUCCUGAAUUGAAUUAUUCAAUCAUUUUAGGUGGCAGCUUUACAAGUGACGUUUUUGAGUUUGUAAAAAUAACUGUUAGUGAUUGUUCCAAUAAUUCAAAUUCAAAUUCCAUUCUUUCAUGGAAACCUGAAUGUGCUAGUACUUAAGCAAGAGAUCGUUAUCUCUAAUAAGAACGUUCAUUUAGAAUUAGAAUGUAUAUCUCUAUUAUCAUUUAUUUAGGUAUAUGACAAAUAAUGUCAUCAAUCCAUUAUAAGUGAAAAAUGUGUCUUAAACUUUUUUUGAUGAUGAAUCUUAUUUCUCAUUUUUACUUUAAACAGGAACAGAAGCAGAUGUCUUUUAUUAGAAAUACAAUAUUACUACUGAUGAUCACAUAAUUCCUUUACUAAAUUAAGUAGAUGAAGAAGUAAUCAAUGUAAAAAGAGCAGGAGAUUUUAAAACUAAAAUUGUUUAAAAUAAUGAUUAAUAAUUUUCAGCUAUCUAUUUGAGAAGAAGUCCAUAUACCUAUAUUAUUAGAAGAGAAUUAUAGGAUAUUGCUGAUUUAUUAUCUUAUCUUGGAGGAUUUGCUAAUAUUGUUGCAAUUAUAUUUGGAGUCAUUAUUAAAACCUAUAAUAAAUCAAGAUGUAUAAAUUUUAAUGAUCUAUUUAGUUAUGAUUGAAUUGGCUAAUCAUGUAUAUGAUUUUCCUAUGAAAAAUGCUAGUGUUGCAGAAUCUCAAGAAAGAAAAGAAAUCAAGAAAACAAUAGCAAAAGCAAAAAGUAGAACUAUUGUUGUUUAACAUUAAGAUUAAGAUUUACAAUCUCCUAUAUAAUCAUAUAAGCAUUCAUAAAAUUAAUUAUUAUUAUAUGAUACAAAAUAAUAGGAAUAAUAUAAUAUAUCAAAACAAGAUGAAAUAUAUUAAGUCAAAUCAGAAUUAUAGAUUACUAAUCGUCAAGAAGAAUAAUAAUUAUUCUAAUAGGAAUAAGAAAAAAUUAUAAAACAAUUAGGAAUUCAAGAUCGGAAGAGUUACUUUACUUAAUAAAUUUAAAAGAUAUUAAGCAGAAGUAAACCUUUAUUGUUUAAUUGCAAAUACAUUCUAUCUAAAUUCUUUUGCUCUAAAUUAUUUUAUGAUCGUAAUAGUAUCUUACUCCGUAAAGCUAUGUAAUAAAUUUUAUUCAUUAUUUUAGUAAAAAAAUAAAUAAAGAUUUGGAUAUUUGUGUGAUCUUAGAUACAGUCAAAGAAAUUAAUUUGAUUAAAGAAUUAUUAUUAACUCAAGAUUAAUUAGUUUUAUUUGAUUUUGCUCCAAAAUAAGUAAUUAAUCUUUAGGAUGAGGAACAAAAAAGUAUGACAAGAAGUUUAGUAAGAAGAAGUUUGGAAAGCAUGAGAACAAAUUCAAAUUCAUAAGAAAGUUAAUAAUAAAAUGAAACAAUACUUGCUUAUUAUAAAUUAUUUUAGGUAAUACUAUUUUUAAUUUAUAUAUAGGCAUAUGAUCAUAUUCAUUAAUCUUUAUAAUAGAACAAUAAAAUUAAUGAGAAAUUGAUUGAGAAAUUAGGUUAAGAAGUAAAAGAUAUCUUUGAAGUUUCUCAUUUCAUUUAAUGGGAUAAUAAAUCAAUUAAAUGUCUAAAAGAUGAUGUAUAGAGUGAUUCAGUUAAUUCAGAUCCACUUUGUAUUAAUAACAUUGAAUAAAUAAAGAUCAAUAUGAAUAUAAAUACAUGA